UAUUUUUAAGCGUCCCGUCGCUAUAUUUAUAUAGAUCUUCUAUGAUAUUGUGUAAUACACAGCUCUAUUAUCACAUAAUCCCGGGAAACGAUAUUUGAUCGGGCCGGAACACUCUUUAGUCAUUCCCGCGUUCUUCUAUCGCGCUCAUAUACGUUUCUGCGUUGAACUCUACAUCCCCGACAAUCGAUACGCGGAACGGGUUUACCGAGAAGCGCUUCGAGGACCAUCGCCAGUUAAUUUUCUCUUCCUCUAACCAGAAUCAAACGGAGACGAGGAUCUAGCAUUCGCUCUGAAGAGAAAAAAGUUACGCAGGGAAGAUGAAAACAAUUUGGGUAAUUGGUGGGCCAGGAUGCGGCAAAGGAACGCAAUGUGACCGUAUGAUCGAAAAAUAUGGAUUACUUCAUCUGAGCAGUGGCGAUUUGCUGAGAGCGGAAGUUGCUAGUGGCAGCGAAAGAGGAGCAUCGCUUCAGGAUCUGAUGUCCAAAGGACUGUUUGUGCCAACAGACAUUGUACUGAAGCUCAUAAAGGAACACAUGGAUAAAGCUCGCGAGGAAGGAAUCACGAAGACUGGAUUUCUGAUCGAUGGCUACCCUCGUGAGAAGGAUCAGGGAAUUCUCUUCGAGGAAAAUGUUUGCCCCGUCGACUUGAUACUUUUCUUCGAUGUAGCAAAUGAUACUUUGAAGAAGAGGCUCCUUGGACGCGCUGCUGUGUCUCAAAGAGCAGAUGAUAAUGAGGAGACAAUCAACAAAAGAAUCGAAAUAUUUAAUGCAAAAAACAGCGAGAUUGUCGAACAUUACAAAGACAAAGUUGUCGUAAUUAAUGCGGAAGGAACAGUGAAUGAAAUAUUUACAGAAGUAACGAGAGCGCUAGAUGCUUUAUUAGCUUAGAUAAAUUGCAUUAGAGACUUUUAAAGAAACGUAAAAUUUGUUCUUUAGAAAUAAAUCGUUACUAAAAUUUACAUUUUAGACGACGUUAAACGCUUACUCAAAUGAAAUAUACACGUAC